CAAAAGUGAUCAACGCGGAGUUGUACCCAAAAGUCGACAAUCAGCCUGGUUAACAUCAGUAGCAAACGCCAUGAGCAAUCUUCCGGUGCAGGAGCUGAAGCCUUGGGUGAUGUCGCAUGAAUGAUUAUCGUCGGCAAAUUAACGCUGGGGUGGCUCCAGUUAGGAAGGGCUUGCUUUUCCAUCGAUAUAUGCGCCCUCCUGAAACAUGCAAACAAGACGUCCGAACCGGAUUAUGUUGAACCAGGGUCGGCGAGGGUCCGAGUUGUAUCCAGUGGCAUGGCUAGACGACACCGAGACAUCGACAUCCGCUCGCUGACGGCUAGCUCCGAGCACCUCGUAGCUCCUCGGUAAAUGGAACCACCGCUUCUGUCUAGUGGACCGCAGGAGGCCCGAACGGGAACCACACGCAAACGCCCGCAACGUCACAAACCGGAUUGGAAACCGCAUGUCCUUACUGGUCGCGAUGCGCGCCUGAAUCACAUCUCUUUAGGAACACUUUCAUCUCGUCCGCGGACGUCUCGGAGGCCGACUCACUC